CGUGCGCGUGUGCCAUUGUUCCUCCUCCACCCGUCGCCAUGGUGCAGAUGAUGGAGUCUCAGUGCGAGUAUUUCAUGUAUUUCCCGGCGGUGCCCAUCACGGACCUGUCCGAGCCGGCCCGGUACCGAACCCUACCGCGCCGGAGCCACCUCUACCUCGGAGAGACGGUCCGCUUCCUCCUGGUGCUGCGCUGCAGGGACGCCGGCAGGGCGACGCCGACCGAGCCGGGCCCCGGGGGCGAUGCGUCGGCGGGAUUCGGGAGCGAGUCGUGCAGCGGUCGGGCCUGGCGCGAGCUGGCCGGCUCGCUGCGCGCGGUGGCCAGCGUGAGCCCGGGCGAGGGCGGGCGCCGCCGGGCCGGCCGGCGCCAGCGCGACUACGGCGGCGACGGCGACGGCGACGACGACGACGACGACGACGACUACGUGGCGGCGGCGGAGGCGGCCGUCGCGGCGCUGGGCAGCAGGGUGGACUCGCGAUGUCGGACCUUCCGGGACUGCGAGCCGCUGCUCAUCCGCAACUCGCGCGGCCCGGCCGGCCGGGAGUUCCGCAGGGCGCCGGUCCAGUCUCCUCUGGACGAGCCCGUGGUUCUGGCAGACGAGGUCAUCUUCCCCCUCACCGUCUCCUUGGACAAGCUGCCCGUCGGCACCGUCAAAGUCAAGGUGAUGGUCACGGUGUGGAAGGAGGAGGCGGAGCCAGUGGAGGUGCGGGACUCGGGCUACCUGAGCGUCCUGCAGCAGCGAGAGCCGUCGCUCACCUUCAGACACGACCUGAACACCUUCAAGGCUCAAGUGAGCACCACCUUGACCGUCCUGCCGCCUCCCGCCGUGCGCUGCAAGCUGAUGAGCGUCUCGGGGCGCCACCUGGCCGUGCUGAAAGGUAUAGCGCGCCGCCACGCCGGCACGUCGGGCUGCCGCCGAAGUGACUUUGCUCUUCUGCUCCCGCUCAGUGCUGAACAAGUCGUCCCAGGAGGAGGUGAGCGUGAGGGACGUUCGCAUUCUGCCGGACCUCAACGCCUCUUACCUUCCCGUGAUGCCCGACGGCUCCGUGCUGCUGGUGGACAACGUUUGGUGCGUAUGCUCUCGGCUCUCGUAACGACUCGAAAGUCUCAAAGCGGGAGCCCCCGGACGAUCACGAGGGGCUCCGAAAAGUCGGAGACGUGCGGCGUUAACGGCCGCGCGACCCGCCGCAGCCACCGUUCGGGCGAGGUGGGCAUGGCGUCUUUCUGCAAGGUGGACAGCGUGGCGUGCCGCCUUCCCAGCACGCUCGGGGCCCUGGAGGAGCACGACUUCCUGUUCCGGCUGCACCUCAACGACAUGCCGCAGGAUGAGUCCAACGAGGGCAUGGAGGUUCCGCUGGUUGCCGCGCUGCAGUGGUCGACUCCCAAGAUGCCGUUCACCAACUGCAUCUACACCCACUACAGGUUGCCGAGCGUCCGUCUGGACCGGCCGAGGUUCGUGAUGACGGCCAGCUGCCCCGGCGCCGUCAAGGUCAAGGAGCACUUCAAGGUCAAAUACGUGUUGCUCAACAACCUGCAGGACUUCCUCUCCGUGCGGCUCGUCUGGACACCCGAGGGACGCGGUCAGAGCGAGGACGCCGCGCUCUCUGCGGUGGUGUGCCGCACCCCCCUCAGCAAUUUGGGCCAAUGUCGCAAAGGCUGCACGCUGACCUUCAGCGUGGCCUUCCAGAUCCUCCGUCCGGGACUAUACGAGCUGAGUCAGCACAUGAAGCUCAAGCUCCAGUUCACGGCGUCCGUGUCCAACCCGCCGCCCGACGCCAGGCCGCUCUCACGAAAGAACAGCCCGUCCAGCCCGGCGAUGCGAGACCUGCUGGACCGCCACCAGGCCAGUUUGGGUCGCUCCCAGUCCUUCUCCCACCAGCAGCCGUCUCGCUCGCACAUCAUGAGGACGGGCAGCGCCAUGGAGCGGCGCGCCAUCACGCCCCCGGUGGGCUCCCCGGUGGGCCGGCCGCUCUACUUGCCCCCGCAGGACAAAAGCCUUCUGUCGCUGGACAAGAUCGCCAAGCGGGAGUGUAAAGUUCUGGUGGUGGAUCCGGGACGCGAGGGGAACAUCUAGGACGGCCGGCGCAACGUUGAAGACGCCUGCGAGGUCAUCGGAAAAGGACGUGGAGAGCCCGUGCAAAAGUAUCGCAUCCAAAGUUGAAUGGAGUACUUGAUUUAGUCGUCGUAGCGGCAUUGCGCAGAAGGACAUUGAGGAGGUCGUUUCUUUCAGUGUUGUCAAGCCACAAAACACACAAUAAAGCUUGAAAUUCA